AUGAUUAAUGAUCCGCACAGUUUCAUCCCUGCUCUCGCCGGGAACGUUGCCAUAAUAACAGGUGGCCACACAGGACUUGGCUUCGGCACCAGCAUCGAGCUUGCGAAACACGGCGUCCGUGUGUAUAUUGCCAGUCGAUCCGAGGCAAAAUUCAGAGAUACGAAGCAGGAUAUCAUUGCCGAGCAUCCGGAGGCAGAUAUCCGGUUACUAAAGUUAGACCUGGCCGAUUUGGACAAUGUUCGUGAGGCGGCAGAAUAG